GUGACGCGUGGCGUCGACGUCUAGGAGCUGCGCCUGUCAGCCCGGCGCUGGUUGCGGGGGAGGAGCAGGCGCCAUGGCGGUCCUGUUGGAGACCACUUUGGGCGACGUCGUCAUCGACCUGUACACGGAGGAGCGGCCGCGCGCCUGCUUGAAUUUCCUGAAGUUGUGCAAAAUAAAAUAUUACAAUUAUUGCCUUAUUCACAAUGUACAGAGGGAUUUUAUCAUACAAACGGGUGAUCCUACAGGGACUGGUCGUGGAGGAGAGUCUGUUUUUGGUCAACUGUAUGGUGAUCAAGCAAGCUUUUUCGAGGCAGAAAAAGUGCCAAGAAUUAAGCAUAAGAAGAAAGGCACUGUGUCCAUGGUGAACAAUGGCAGUGAUCAGCAUGGAUCUCAGUUUCUUAUCACCACAGGAGAUAAUCUAGAUUACCUUGACGGUGUUCAUACAGUUUUUGGUGAGGUGACAGAAGGCAUGGAUAUAAUUAAGAAAAUUAAUGAGACCUUUGUUGACAAGGACUUUGUACCAUAUCAGGAUAUCAGGAUAAAUCAUACAGUGAUUUUAGAUGAUCCAUUUGAUGACCCUCCUGAUUUAUUAAUUCCUGAUCGAUCACCAGAACCUACAAGGGAACAACUAGAUAGUGGUCGAAUAGGAGCAGAUGAAGAAAUCGAUGAUUUCAAAGGAAGAUCAGCUGAAGAAGUAGAAGAAAUAAAGGCAGAAAAAGAGGCCAAAACUCAAGCUAUUCUACUAGAAAUGGUUGGAGAUCUACCUGAUGCAGAUAUUAAACCUCCAGAAAAUGUGCUAUUUGUGUGUAAAUUGAAUCCAGUGACCACAGAUGAGGAUCUGGAGAUAAUCUUCUCAAGAUUUGGGCCAAUAAGAAGUUGUGAAGUUAUCCGGGAUUGGAAGACAGGAGAAUCCCUCUGUUAUGCUUUUAUUGAAUUUGAAAAGGAAGAAGAUUGUGAGAAAGCAUUCUUCAAAAUGGACAACGUACUUAUAGAUGACAGAAGAAUACAUGUGGAUUUUAGCCAGUCUGUUGCAAAGGUUAAGUGGAAAGGAAAAGGUGGGAAAUACACCAAGAGUGAUUUCAAGGAGUAUGAGAAGGAACAAGAUAAACCAUCUAAUUUGGUUCUGAAAGAUAAAGUAAAGCCCAAACAAGAUACAAAAUAUGAUCUUGUACUAGAUGAGCAGGCAGAAGAUUCAAAAUCAAGUCACUCCCAUACAAGUAAAAAACACAAGAAGAAAACCCGUCACUGCUCUGAAGAAAAAGAAGAUGAAGACUACGUGCCAAUCAAAAAUACUAACCAGGAUAUCUACAGGGAGAUGGGGUUUGGUCACUAUGAAGAAGAAGAAAGCUGUUGGGAGAAACAAAAGAGUGAAAAGAGGGACCGACCUCAAAACCGAAGUCGUAGCCGAUCUCGAGAAAGGGAUGGUCACUAUAGUAAUAGUCACAAAUCUAAAUACCAGACUGAUCCGUAUGAACGAGAAAGGAGUAAGAAGAGAGACCGAAGCAGGAGUCCCAAGAAAUCCAAAGAUAAAGAAAAAUCUAAGUACAGAUGAACGAUGAAGAAUCAGACAUGCGUGGCUAACAGAUUCACCCUUGUCUGAUUUAGAGUACCAGAAGUUCAGAGUUUGUGUCAAAGCAGUCAAAGACUCUGCUUGUUAUUUUUUUCACACUAGGAUUCUGGCCUUUUUAGAUUAAUAUUGAUUGUAUAGGGAGCAGAAAGACAAUAAAGAAUCGAACAUUUUCUUUGUAUACUUUUUUAUGCUAAUUUUAUUGUUAUACAUAAACAGUAGUCUUCAUUUUUAAAGUCUUUCACAUUUUCCACUCUUCUUUUUUUAAAUGAAGUAUUUCAUAGCUACGAAAAUAUACAAAUGUGUAUAUAAGGUAUAAAGAAGAAGAACUGUCUGUGCAUCCAUCAUCCAGCUUAGGAAAUGAAUGUUCCCUGCCUUUUAGAAGUCCCCCAUGUGCCCUCUCCUUCUCAAGUAAUUAUUAUUAUGAAUUUUGUGUUUGUUAUUCUCUUGUUUAUUGUAGUUUUACAACGUAUGUGUGUAUCCCUAAAUGAAAUGUUAAGUUUUGUAUGUUUUGAAUUUUAUAUAAAUGAUGUAAGGUAUGUUUACCUCUA